CCCAAGAUGAUCAGGUCCCAUUCUCUGCCGGAGAUUUAUUCUAAGACUGCGGUGGUUCAGGGGAGUUCUAAGGAUCAGGGUGGUGUGACGGCGGAUAAAUCUUUUCCAAAGACGAUGAAACUGAAAAGACACAGGUCCCAGUUAUGUCUCCAGCAAUCAUUUGAUACAAUAACUGAGGAAGAAGAGGAAAUCGUACAUGGUACUGGAGCGCCAUCUACUUUUGAGAAACUAGAAACUAUCAAGGGCUCAUUCAGUCAAUCAGUAGACUCAGUAAUAAACCUCCACGGAAGUGCACCAGUUAAACCCUCCACUCAGUUCAACACGAGUAUCAAUGAUAUGUUAGUGGAGAAUACAGAGUAUGUUGGUGAUAACGCUGAUAAUGCUGAUCCUUCUGAUUACUCACUUGCUGAGACGACUGAGAAUACUACUGCAAGUGUAUCAUUAUCUAGUGAAAAGAAAUCUGCAAAACUUAAACGGCAAAGUUGCGAAGAAGUGUAUCAGUAAGUUUUGCAAUGUUGACCAAUUGUUGACCAAAUGUUGAACAAAUGUUGACCAAAUGUUCACCAUGUCGAAAUUCUUAUCAAAUAAAACUGUUUACCGCUGGUUAUUCAGCUCACAGCUGCAAUCGAUGGUUUAUAUAUUGAGUGGACCAAAAUUUUCGCAAUGCAAGCACUGCGUUGUCGUACAAAUAUCAGGCACUGAAUAUUCGGACAUUGCGUUAGUUUUGGCCCAAACAGUAUGAUUUGUGCUGAACUGAUUAUAUUUUUGCAACUUUCUCUGUGAUUGAAAUGCUGCAUUUUAAUUUUAAUUUUAAAAAGAAUGUUAAUUGACUGAUUGUUGAUUGUUUAAAUGAAUGCUGAUGACAAUAAUAUUAUUUGUAUAAUUGGAAUCCCUCGUUAGUUUUUGUUUUAUCAUUUCAAAUUUACGCUGAAAUUCGAGUUUGCUUUGUAUAAAACUCCAGCUGCGGCUUGAUCGGGCUGACUUAAAAUGUUAAUUUUUAAUUUUGAUAAAAUU